AGGUUGAUUCAUCAUUAUGUUCUAACAUAUGAUCCUGGAUUUUAAUGCAGUCAAUUAUAUGUCACACUCAGUUUUGGCGAGUUUAUAUUAUGUCCGCAUCACAUAUAACCUCUUGUAUUAAAUUUUCCAUCUAAUAUAAUAACGUCUUUUGAGGGGGAGGGUGUCUUAAAAGCAGGUAAAAUGGUGCUACUCUGUUUAACUUUUAAAACCUUUCAUAAACUCUUCAGAUUCCAAGCACCUGCCACUUAUUCUUUUUUCAUUUUCACUCACAUAAAAUGAAAUGAACUCCUUCGGCGGGACCCACACUCCGGCGAUCCCUCGCCGCCGGAAACACGAAAACUCACUCUUCGGAAGAUGGUCAUGCAAUAUACAUCAUGCUAAAGCCAAUGCUUCUCCCGUCACCUUCCGCCACCGCUCCCCAAAACCCGACCUCUCUGCCAGGAAGCUCGCCGCAGCGUUAUGGCACUUCUGCUUUCUCGAGGUUUCUGGUCUUGACUGCAAGCAUGUUAUGAAGGAAGAUAAUUGGGGUUUGAGAAAGUCGAAUAAGGUGGCUGCUAAGAUUGUUGAAGAAAGAAAAGCAACGAGUGACUCUGUUGUCUCUGCUUUGCUAUCAGAGAUGCUUCGAGCUCAAAGCUGCAUCGAUAACCUGAAAGCCGAAAACAAAUCGUCUAAGAAGAAAUUGCAACAAUUGGCAGGUGAAUUAGAGGAGAAGUUGGGAAGGGAAAGGAGAAGUAGAGAGAGGAUGGAGAAGAUGAAUGCGAGACUGGUACAUGAGCUUGCCAAGGCCAACCUAUGCGUUAAUCAAAUUAGGAUACGCUAUGAUGAGGAGAGAAAACAAAGAGAAUUGAUUGAGCAAGUUUGCAAUGAAUUGGCUAUGCAGAUUGGAGAAGACAAGGCUAAAGUCGAGCGAUUACAAAGCGAUUUCAUGAAAAUUCAGGAGGAAUUUGAACAAGAGAGGAGCAUGUUUGAAAUGGCCGAUCUGUGGCGCCAAGAAAGUAUUCAGAUGAAGCUGGCUGAUGCAAGAAUCUCCCUUGAAGACAAGCAUAAUCAGAUGCUCAAGUUGGUGGAUUAUCUGAACAGUUUCUUAAGAUCAAAGGGUGUUGAAAAGGCAGAUGAGGAAUUCAGAAGAGGCUUGGUUAAUGAGCCAGUGAUUAAAGUAGAUUCCCCUCCCAAUCUUAAUGCUCUUUUUUCAUCUACCAUCCACAUUGUAAGCCUUGAUAAUGAAGACCAACAACAGCUGCUGCUUCGUUGACUAUCUGACACACAGAGUGAAUCAAAUUCCAUUCACUUGUUUCCUCUUGCAGCUUCCACUUUUUCAGAUUUGUUGAAAAUAAAUAUAUUUGUCCUUUGAUCAGUUGUAAUCAUGCUAGAGUUAUAGCAGACAGCAUGCAUGGCGAAAUUUGUGUCCUGCUGAUACUUUUCUGUAAAACCAAAACAUUAUGUUUUCUCUUUUGCCAUAGCAAUCAGUAUUUGUUAUUUGGAAUCAUGUCAUGCAUUAUCUUGAUAUAUAAUGUGUUUAAUUCAUUA